AUGGAUCCCACCAUAUUACUCAUCAUUGCUCUUGUAAGCUUGCUUGUGUUAGCUUUUUACUUGCUGCAUUUAUGGAUUUCUCCAAAAGCAAUGGAGUACAUUCCAGGAAGCUUGGGUUGGCCUAUUGUAGGUGAAAGCUUCUCAUUCCUAUCUGAGUUUUCUAGUCCAUCUGGUAUAUUCAGCUUCAUGAAAAAGAGGCAACAAAAGUAUGGAAAGGUUUUCAAGAGCUUUGUCCUGGGUAGAUUCACCGUCUUCAUGACAGGAAGAGAAGCGAGUAAAAUCUUAUUGACAGGAAAAGAUGGAAUGGUGAGCUUGAACCUUUUCUAUACAGGGCAGCAGGUGCUAGGCCCUACAAGCUUGCUUCAAACCACUGGAGAAGCACACAAAAGGCUACGGAGACUGAUUGCAGAACCUUUAUCAGUUGAUGGGCUAAAGAAAUAUUUUCAUUUCAUUAAUACUCUAGCUAUUGAAACAUUAGAUCAGUGGCCUGGACGAAAAGUGUUCGUCCUUGAAGAAGCUUCUACAUUCACUCUCAAAGUAAUUGGCAACAUGAUAAUGAGCCUAGAACCCGCAGGAGAAGAGCAGGAGAAGUUUCGGUCAAAUUUCAAAAUAAUCUCUUCUUCCUUUGCAUCACUGCCAUUCAAGAUCCCUGGAACAGCUUUUCAUAAUGGUAUUAAGGCUAGGGAUAGGAUGUACGAAAUGCUAGAUUCAACCAUUGCAAUGAGGAGAAGUGGAAAAAGCUUCCAACAAGAUUUCUUAGAGUCACUGAUAAUGAAGCAUACGAAAGCAGGAGAUGGGGAAGAUAAUGAAAAUAAACUUACUGAUCAACAACUCAAGGAUAAUAUAUUAACUCUGCUAGUUGCAGGUCAUGAUACUACAACAGCUGCUCUAACAUGGCUUGUCAAAUUCCUUGAUGAAAAUCCUCAAGUUCUUGAAAGACUUCGAGAGGAGCAUAGAGAAAUACAAUCAAAGAGAAGAGAAGGAGAGAACCUUACAUGGUCUGAAGUUAACAGCAUGCCUUACACAAACAAAGUGAUCAGUGAGACUCUUCGAAGAGCAACGAUUUUACCUUGGUUUUCAAGAAAAGCUGCCCAGGAUUUCGAAAUUGAUGGAUAUACAAUCAAGAAAGGCUGGUCAAUAAACUUGGAUGUAGUCUCUAUUCACCAUGACCCAGAAGUUUUUCCUGAUCCAUAUAAGUUCAAUCCCAGUAGAUUUGAUGAGACCUUAAGGCCUUUCAGCUUUCUUGGAUUCGGUAGUGGACCCCGUAUGUGCCCUGGACUGAACCUGGCCAAACUGGAAAUUUGUGUCUUCAUCCAUCACCUGGUCACUAAAUACAAGUGGAAACCUUUGGAGAAAGAUGACUCUGUCCAGCCAACACUGGUGCGGAUGCCCAAAAACAAGUAUCCCGUUGUAGUUGAAUCAAUACUUUAAUCUCCCGAGGAUAACUACAAGGGAAGAAAUAAUGUCAAAGCACAACAAGCUGAAGGAUAACUUUUACAGCCUUUUUUUUCACAUAUGACUAAAAAUUGAAGUGUAUACUCUUGUUGUGCCUGCUAAAAAUGCAUUGGAGUUCAAUUU